CUCAAAGCCAAAGAAACUAAGUGAUGAAGCAAAACUACACUGUGGUAACCGAGUUUAUUCUGCUGGGGCUGACAGACCGAGCCGAGCUGCAGCCCAUCCUUUUUGUGGUCUUCUUGGUCAUCUACAUUGUCACCGUGAUUGGGAACGUGACCAUGAUUCUCCUCAUCAGAAGUGACUCAAAGCUCCACACCCCAAUGUACUUCUUCCUCAGCCACCUCGCCUUUGUAGAUCUCUGUUAUGCCACCAAUGUCACCCCUCAGAUGCUGGUGAACUUCUUAUCCAAGAGGAAAACCAUUACUUUCAUUGGCUGCUUUAUCCAAUUCCAAUUUUUCAUUGCUUUUGUGAUCACAGAUUAUUAUAUGCUGACAGUGAUGGCUUAUGACCGCUAUGUGGCCAUCUGCAAGCCCUUGUUGUAUGGCAGCAAAAUGUCCAGAUGUGUCUGUGUCUCUCUUGUUGCUGCCACUUACAUUUAUGGCUUUGCCAAUGGCUUGGUCCAGACCAUCCUGAUGCUUCACCUGACCUUCUGUGGCCCCAAUGAGAUCAACCACUUCUACUGUGCCGACCCCCCGCUCCUGGUCCUCGCCUGCUCAGACACUUACAUCAAGGAGACCGCCAUGUUUCAAAACUACACUGUGGUAACUGAGUUUAUUCUUCUGGGGCUGACAGACCGAGCCAAGCUGCAGCCCGUCCUUUUUGUGGUCUUCUUGGUCAUCUACAUUGUCACUGCUAUAGGGAACGUGACCAUGAUUCUCCUCAUCGGAAGUGACUCAAAGCUCCACACCCCAAUGUACUUCUUCCUCAGCCACCUCGCCUUUGUAGAUCUCUGCUAUGCCACCACUGUCACUCCUCAGAUGCUGGUGAACUUCUUAUCCAAGAGGAAAACCAUUACUUUCAUUGGCUGCAUGAUACAAUUCAACUUAUUCAUUGCUUUUGUGAUCACCGAUUAUUUUGUACUUGCAGUGAUGGCAUAUGACCGCUAUGUGGCCAUCUGCAAGCCCUUGUUGUAUGGCAGCAAAAUGUCCAGAUGUGUCUGUGUCUCUCUUGUUGCUGCCACUUACAUUUAUGGCUUUGCCAAUGGCUUGGUCCAGACCAUCCUGAUGCUUCGCCUGACCUUCUGUGGCCCCAAUGAGAUCAACCACUUCUACUGUGCCGACCCCCCGCUCCUGGUCCUCGCCUGCUCAGACACUUACAUCAAGGAGACCGCCAUGUUUGUGGUGGCUGGGUCCAACCUCACCUGCUCUCUCAGCAUCAUCCUUGUCUCCUACGUGUUCAUCUUCGCAGCCAUCCUGCGCAUCCGCUCUGCUGAGGGCAGGCGCAAGGCCUUCUCCACCUGUGGGUCCCACCUGACGGCUGUCACCAUCUUUUAUGGGUCUCUGUUUUGCAUGCACCUGAGGCCUCCUUCUGAAACAUCUGUAGAACAAGGUAAAAUUGUAGCUGUGUUUUAUAUCUUUGUGAGUCCAAUGCUAAACCCUCUCAUCUAUAGUCUGAGGAACAAAGAUGUUAAAAGAGCAAUAAGGAAAGUUAUCCAAAAGGAAUUGUCUGCUAAGUAA